AUGCCUUCCACCGUCCAAUGCUUCGGAGACCUGCCGACUUCGCGCGGGCAGACCGCACCCUUCCAGUUUGAGAUCACUGUCAGCUUGGAGACUGCGACCGUGGCCGACCUCAGGAACCUGGUCGUCCUCGAAAUUGAAAAGAGAAACGUUUCACUUCUGGGGAUGUACGUUGGCGACACUCAAAUCGACAGCGCCGAGCACGAACCAUCCACAUUAUUGAAGGAAAUAGCCGGCUUCUCUCCCGACAAAAAUAUCCGCUGCAAGGUCGAACCCAAGGCCUCGGACGGCAACUCUAACGGCAUCAUAGCUGGAUGCGGCACUGCUCUGGGAGCUCUCAGCGGCCCUGCCGUCGUUCAAGCAUCCGUUGCGGCUGCAGGAUUUGGUGCUGAGGGCAUCGUCGCCGGAACUCCAGCUGCGGCCUUGAUGGCGUCCUAUGGUGGUUCGGUUGGAGCGGGCAGCGUCUGCUCGGUUCUCCAAAGCGUCGGAGCCGCUGGUCUUGGGAUAGGCGUCGGUAUCCCGCUUGCCGUAGGUGUCGGGGGCCUUCUCGGAUACGGGCUCACUCGCAGUCUGAUCGCUCAGAACUCACCCGGCAGCAUGAAUAACGACGGAAAUACUCAACAUGCGCAUUCAGGAGCUGAGAACGGGGACCCAUCCGGAAAGCCGUCGCCCCCUGGAGCUGAGAACGGGGACCCAUCCGGAAAGCCGGCGCCCCCAGGAGCUGAGAACGGGGACCCAUCCGGAAAGCCGUCGCCCCCAGGACCAGCAAACCAAGAAUAG